AUGCAGUGGCUGCCCGGGGGGUGCUGGGUGUGCCUCCCCCCCCUCCCAGCGGGCUGCGGGUGGCAGCUGCUGGCCGCGCCGGCACCAGUCGCCCCCGCGCCUGGCGCGUGGGUCGAUGCCGUGGGCGCCGUGGCAGGCGGCGGCAGGGCGGGCGCGGCCGAAGGGGAAGGCGAAGGCGCAGGCGCGGCCGGGCGGCCCGGCGGCGCCGCGCAGGCGGCCCCCUCCAGCGCUCCGCCUGCGCAGGGAGGCGGCACCGCGCAGGGCGGCGCAGCUGUCUCCUGCGAGGGUGCUGGCGACGCCGCCGAGGCGCCAGCGCCAGCAGGACGGCACCUGGAGCCCGCCGCCGCAGCACCCGCGCGGGCGCGGCCGCUCGCCGGAGCCGAGGCCCCCGCGCCGGCGGAGGCGCCGCCAGGGGACAAGCGGGCGGGGCCGGAGCCGCGCGCGCAGCCGCAGCGGACCGGCCCCACUCCUGGCCCGCCGGAGGCCGGGCGCCCCUGCGAGCGGGCGCUCCGGGCGCGCGCGCCGGCCGCGGAGCGGGAGGCACCGCCGGAGCAGCCGGCGGCGGAGCCGAAGCUGAGCAGCAGCUCCUACGAGUGCUCCUCCUCGGACGUCGACGCGGACGCGCCACUCCCGGCAGCUGCAGGGGCAGCGGCUCCGGCAGCGACUCCGCCAGCGGCGGCAGCUGCGGGGGACGCCAGGGGCGCCGGCGGCGCCCUCGCCGUGCCGCCCGUGGCGCCUCCACCGGCUCCAGCGGAGGAGCGACGGGAACGGAGGCCCGCCUGUUGGCGGCGCCGGCGGCGCAGCAGGCUCCGGCCCCCUUGGAGGGGGGCAACGGAUGGCGCCGGCGCCGAGCGGCUCCGCGGCGCCGGCGAAGCCUCCACCGGCUCCCGCCGCGGAGGGGCUACGGGAGAGCGCCCUGCCAGCGGCGCCGGCGACGCAGCUGGCUCCGGCCCCCCCGGGGCAACGGGCGGCGGGGCUGGGCGGCCCCGCGGCGGCGCCGCUGGCGCCUCCACCGGCCCCCGGGGGGCAACGGGAGCAGAGCGCGACAGGCGCGCCCAGCGCGUACCUGGUGGCAGCCGCCCUCCGUCAGGCUGGCUGGGCUCGCUUCACGGCGACGGACCUGCCGGACAACCAGGUGCUCCUGCGCUGGGGCCACUGAGCCCAGGCCGGGAGCUUAGAGGGGUCGCGGCAGUGGAGCUGGACAGGGGAGAGCACCCAAUCGAGUCGGAGUACGGAGCCGAUUGGGCGGUGCACACCCCUGACUCGCGGUCGGCCUGGGCCGACCUGCUCGAGGACGCAGCUGGCGGUGAGGGCUCCGAGGGCGGCCACGCGGUGGCGACGCCGCCCCGGGCCGCUAGGCGGGCAGGGCGCCGCGGCGAGCGGGCGGCCGACAGGACCCGCGCGGCGGUGAAGCCGCUCCUGGCCCUCCCUGCUGCGGCAGGCCUGGGCGACGGUCUGGAGGCGGACGGAUCGCCUCGCGCAGCCGCCCAUGCCGGCGCGGCGGACGCGCCGGUUCCGGCCCCCUCGCCCGAGCGGGAGGGCGACGGUCUGGAGGCCGACGGCAUCGGCAGGGACGAGUUCCUGCAGGCGCUGCGCUUUUGCCUGGACAGCUCGGGCUGGGUGGCGGCGCGCGCGCUCGCGCCGGCGCUCCACGUGAAGCUCCGCGGAUGUGGAUUCCGCGAGGCGCGAGCCUGGAUCCUGGAGGCGGGCGACGGCAUCCCUGACGCGCAGGGGCGCGGGCGGGCAGCCGAGCGCGUCCUGGGUCGGCGCCUGGGGCGGGCCAGGGAGCCCUGA